AUGACUGACAAAAAUGAACAAGAUGCGCAUUUAAGUGGCCUUAUUCAAAUUAAACGUGUAAGCCGAAGACGUCCAAGGGAAACACCAGAUGACAAAAGAAAAACUAAAUGUGCUUCAUUUUGUUAUAGUGUAAGGUCUGGCGGAAAACAUAUUAUACUGUGUCAAGAUGCCUUCGUAAAAAUACAUAGUAUAACCCCCGCGCGAAUUAGAAGACUUCAAAAUAGUUUAGUUACGGUAGGUAAGUCACCAAGAGACAAAAGAGGAUUGCAUAGUAAUAGGCCCAACAAGUUUUGCAACGAAGUCAUCUUCCUCACAGAAGCCCAUAUUAUGUCUUUUCAACCAAGGCAAUCACAUUAUUCUAUACGAAAAAACCCAAAUAUAUAUUACCUUCCUGGAGAGUUAUCUAUUAAAGAUAUGCACUCGAUGUUUGUUUCGGAAUACAAAAUAAACAUACCUUACAAAAUUUACUGGCACACAUUUAAGAACAAAUUCAGUAUCAAAUUUGGAUACCCACGAUCUGACACCUGUGCUGAAUGUGAUUCUUACGCACAAAAACUUAACAAUAAAGAAUUAAUGGGCGAAGAGCGUAAAAAUAUAGAGACUCAAAAAGAGCUGCACCUCAGAAAAGCUGAGGCUUUUUUUGAUUUGAGAAGGAAAUACAAGGCUAAGGCGCAGGCAGGUGAGAUAGAAUGUCUCACAUUUGAUUAUAUGCAAAAUCUCCCAUUGCCACACAUUCCUACUAACCCCGUUUUUUAUGCCCGUCAAUUAUGGUACUAUAUAUUUGGCGUUCACAAUGUAGCCACUAAUGAGGCUGCGAUUUAUACCUAUAGUGAAGGUACCGCUAAAAAAGGCUGCAAUGAUAUCACUUCAAUGAUUCUUCAUUAUAUAAACAACCACAAUUUUACAUCCAGAAAUUUAGUACUCAUAAGCGAUGGAUGCCCAGGGCAAAACAAAAAUUACAUAAUGCUCCAUUUUAUAUAUUUUUUGGUUCACGUACUUAAACUUUUUGAUGAAAUUUUAUAUAUAUACCCUAUUAGAGGACACUCAUAUUUACCUAAUGAUCAGGACUUUGCGUUAAUAGAGACAAAAAAAAACGAUGUGCAGAAAGAAUCGAAGUUCCCGAUGAGUGAGAUGUUCUGA